AUGUCGCCGACUUUCAAGCACCAGGACUCGAACGCAUCCUCGAUUUUCGAACUCGGUGAAUCCGACCUGUCGAGGCUGUUAGAGAGGCCGAGGCCGGUCAGCAUCGAGAGGAAGAGGUCGUUCGACGAGCGGUCUUUCAGCGAAAUGUCGAUUUCGUCCCCUCCCCGCCAGCUCUACAGGAACAGCGAGAACUCGUCUUCCCGCGUUUUCGACGCAUUGGGGAGCAUUCAUUCGCCAGGGGCAAGAUCGGGAUUUAGCACGCCUCGCUCGUUUAGCUGCGUGGAGACUCACCCGGUAGUUGCCGAGGCUUGGGUUGCCCUGCAGCGCUCGAUCGUUCAUUUCCGAGGGCAGCCUGUCGGGACCAUUGCAGCUUUGGACCACUCGACCGAGGAGCUUAACUAUGAUCAGGUGUUCGUUCGGGACUUUGUUCCGAGCGCUCUUGCCUUUCUGAUGAACGGUGAGCCAGAAAUCGUGAAGAACUUUCUCCUCAAGACGCUGAGGCUCCAGUCGUGGGAGAAGAAAGUUGACAAUUUUACCCUCGGGGCAGGCGUGAUGCCGGCGAGUUUCAAAGUGCUUCACGACCCGGUGAGAAACUACGAGACGAUUAUUGCCGAUUUUGGAGAGUGUGCUAUUGGUAGAGUGGCCCCUGUCGACUCGGGUUUUUGGUGGAUUAUUUUGCUUCGCGCGUACACAAAGUCAACUGGCGACACGUCAUUGGCUGAGCUGCCCGAGUGCCAGAGGGGCAUUCGGCUGAUUCUUACACUGUGCUUGUCUGAAGGGUUCGAUACUUUCCCGACUCUUUUGUGUGCCGACGGGUGUAGUAUGAUUGAUCGAAGAAUGGGCAUUUACGGUUACCCGAUCGAGAUACAAGCUUUGUUCUUCAUGGCCUUGAGAUGCGCAUUGCUUUUACUAAACAAGCACGACGAGGAAGGCAAAGAUUGCGCGGACCAGAUAUCCAAACGGCUGCACGCGUUAAGCUACCACAUGCGAACCUACUUCUGGCUCGAUCUUCGCCAGCUCAACGAUAUCUACCGAUACAAAACUGAAGAGUACUCCCACACGGCUGUUAACAAGUUCAACGUCAUGCCCGACUCGCUACCCGACUGGGUCUUUGACUUCAUGCCCACCCGCGGAGGGUACUUUAUUGGGAAUGUAAGCCCGGCCCGCAUGGAUUUUCGGUGGUUCUGUUUGGGGAAUUGUGUUGCUAUUUUGUCGUCACUCGCGACACCCGAGCAGUCGGGGGCUAUAAUGGACUUGAUAGAGUCGAGGUGGGGGGAGCUCGUGGGGGAAAUGCCGAUGAAGAUCUGCUACCCGGCUAUGGAGAAUCACGAGUGGAGGAUCAUGACGGGUUGCGAUCCAAAGAACACGGGUUGGAGCUAUCACAACGGGGGAUCUUGGCCGGUCCUUCUAUGGCUCCUAACAGCAGCCUGCAUAAAAUCGGGUCGACCCCAAUUAGCGAGACGGGCAAUCGAACUUGCCGAGACACGUUUGAUGAAGGAUCAUUGGCCUGAGUACUAUGACGGGAAGCUUGGGCGUUACAUGGGAAAACAAGCUCGUAAGAACCAGACAUGGUCCAUUGCCGGUUAUUUGGUAGCUAAAAUGAUGCUUGAAGAUCCUUCUCAUUUGGGUAUGAUAUCUCUCGAGGAAGACAAAGAGAUGAAGCCACACAUGAAAAGAUCAGCUUCUUGGGUGUGCUGA